GGGACGCCAUCAACGAUUAAGUUUUCGCGGUGGCUCUAACCCCACCUACCUGGCUGGUCAGGCGAAGCGGAGGAAGGCAACGGAAAAGGAAAGCUGCUCGGAGCAACGUAGGCGACGUCAGCAAGAACCUGAAAGAUGUCUCGUGCACGGACGACCCAGGAAAUACCAUGUGUCAAGUUUUGAGCAGCAACAAAGGCAACAUAGAAGAUCGGAGAGGAUACUAUACGGAAGGACAACAAGAUCCUGUUAAUGGGCCAAUGUCGCUCGAGAUGCUUUCAUCAUCAUCCUUCCAGUCUCCUCUGGAUUCGUUAUCCGAAAACGACAUGCCUCUAUGGCUAAUGUCGGCGCUAGGACUUGACAAAAGACCAGACACCGUUACACUGUAUCGUGGUCCCUCCGGGUUUGUAGUGAAUCUUUUGCCGCCUCAGACAAACCUUUACGAAGACGGCACCAUUGGGGAUUUUGCAAGUGGUAAUAACCAACAAAUGCCGAAGGCCUCAAGACAACUGACGCAAAUGGCCACAGCAGGCGCUCAACCAGCUAGUCGAAAGAAGGUCCCCUGGCAGUACCAGACACAACAACAAAAGGCCGUACAGCCCAAGGGCACGAAGGCGUACAGUCCCGUUCAAAGCUACGCAGUGAUGCCUCUACGCAAUUCUGUGCCGACUAGGAAAGUUCAAGCCGCAAACCCGCAGCAAAGUUCAGCACAGCCCAAACUCCAAAGCUUUGGAUUUGGACUUCAAGGAAACGCUAUUACCAAAUGGGCUGCUGGGGCAGGCACGAUGGGGCCGCAAAGCGCGGGGCAGCAGGCAACAGCCCAGCAAAUGUGGCUGAACGCCCAGCGAAAAAUGCACGACGCCUCUCGGAACCAAAAUAGACCUUCCCAAUCCACACUUAUGGCAGGGGUUGGGGGAAACCAAGAAAAGCAGAUUGGGACUAACUCAGCGAUGGGACAACCAGUACCUUCAAUGAGGCAGCCAACAACGGCACAGUGGUUUCAGCAGCCAUUUCCAGGAGACUCUGCCAGAAAUCAACGGUUCGGAACGGUAUCUGCCGAGCCAAAGCAGCGUUUGCCACAAGGUGCGUACCUGCAGGCAGCUACAAAUGGUCUACAGAGUACCACACCAACAGUGCCCCUACCGCCUUUUGGGCCGGGGCAGUACCCUUUCCAGCACUCUCAGCGUCAGGCUGCUGUCACAGCUCCAACAAGCCCGAAUGCUUCUCCAAGCCAAAUAGUCACCGGAAUGCAAGAUCAAAUGUCUGGCUACCAAUCGCAGACAAAUCCACAAUCGAUUGGGCCAGACGCCGAGCGUCAGCAAAAUGGUGGAACAAAGACGACAAUGCAGCAACAGUUUCCCAGUUCUCAGCAGAUUUUGGCUGGCGCAAGUACGCAGCAAAGUUCACCAAGUUCAGCGGCACUUGCUACGCCACAGCAACAACGCGAUGCUAACGUCGCGCAGAACAGCACACAGGGCCCUGCUCUUUCUGCACAAGUUGCAAAUGGGGUGACUGCCGCGCCAACAGAAGCAGCAAAACAGGAAGGCAGUUCGACAGCGGGAACUCCAACAAAUGAAUCUGUAGCACCUGGCAUGACUGCAGCCCAGACUCCAACGACUCAGAAGCAGCUGACCGAACAGCAGGAAGCGCUACGGAGGGUUGGCAUAACGCCCAGUUAGUUUCGGGCUCACUGGGACAAGCGGUGCAGGACGAUGAGGCUGCUUGAAAUUGUCCCCACCCGAAAGGAAAGAGCCUGCAAAAAUAAAGUAU